CUCUCGCUCAUGCCAAGAACCGGAACAUUAAGGAAUUUGCCUACACUGCUGACUGCAGGGUUGCACAGACCUGUUUUUGACAGUAGGAGAAGACCAAAGACUCCUUAAUCUGUGGCUGUAUUUAUCGCUUCAAUGCGCACAGGUCUGUGUUUUCAUUGAGAGCUCUUUCCCCCCAUAAUCCCCUGCAAUGUAAAAGUUGCAGUGAGGUCAUGCUGGGGCUUGUUUGAAGUUUUUUUUUUUUUUUUUUUUUUCCCCCCCCUAACUCUGUCUCCGUCUCUCACAAGUCAAAGGUGAGGGAUUAUGCUUACUUUUGGAAUGUGGCCUGGAGGUGAAAGACUCAGAGCGCGGCUGUGUUAGAGAGAGAGUGCUUAAGUUGCUGAGAACAAGCUUGCAGAGGUGUCCGUAAUGUGAAAUGUGAUUUCUAAAGGAAAGAUCACAUCUCCUCACCAAGACCAAGUUGGUAAAACUCUAUACGAAGUUGUUGUUUUCCAGAAUGGGACUCCAGGAGGAGCUGCAGACUCUUACGCCUUCAGGAGGGGCUGAGAGGAGGGUAGAAGCUGAGCUGGGAGUUGUUAAGAACAACGUGGGAGAGGAGGACAAGGACAACGCAAGACAAGAGGCGGAUCAGAGGGAGGAACGUCGAGAGAGCCCGGGGCAGAGGAGGAGUGCAGUUGGAAAGCUCAACAGGUGGUUUUACCUGAGCAGCACAGGGAACGGGGGGUGGAGGAAAGGGGAAGUACUAGGAAUGAGGACGGACCAGUUACCGUCUUUCUUCCAGGACAGCUGUGUGCAACAAGCCUCUGCGGAAGACUUCGAUUUGGCUGGGGAAGAGAAAGCUUGGACCAAAGAAGUCUCUGCUGAUGUUUGCCACAUUCCCAUUAAGGAACAAAGUUUUAAUGCUCUAUCUGUGGAGAAUGCAACAGAAACUCAUGUGGCGGUCUUGCGAAGGCCUGCACAUGGGCUUCGGCUCCUGGGCAGCAGAAGAGUGGUGAGCAUGUUUGUCUUCCCAGAUGACAAAAGGAUACUCCCAACCACAACAACCAACAACCAAGACAGCUCUACAACACCUCGCAGUGUUUGCAUGUUGGCAGCUACCACCUAUAGCAACGUUCUUCUGCCUACUUCUACCCCCAAUAAGCAAGGCUGCCCGGAUGUGGUCCAGCGGUGUCAGACAAAACGUGCCGAGUUGCGUGCCCUAGACGGUCUAAAACCAGACAUGCCGCCUUCUGUCAGCCUGCUUCAUUAUCCACUAGAAGAACCGCUAAUCUGUCGGACUUCAAAAAGCAGAAGCAAACCGCGGCCUGUUAGCAUGACUGUUCUUGAGCUUAAUAAAGAUCGAACUGGAUCCCGGGAUGAGCUCGCAAGCCACGCUUCAACUGGCACCGGUAGUUUGCCUCGUCCAGGCUUCCGAUGGAAAUGGUUUGGUCGACAGGCAACAAGCAAGGAAGUCGUAGUGACACAAACUUCAACAAGGCUAAAGGAACCCGACAAGGUGGAAGGACAAAAGAGAACGUUCGGAUCACUGCGGAGGAGCUUGAGUCUCAGGAUGAGGCGGAAUCGUAAUCAAAUUGAGCAGGAGGACCGAACUGAAUGGAGACGUACUGCAAGUAUCGGAGAAAAAUCUAUGCAAACCACUCGUCCGUUUUCCUACCUUACUGGCAGGACGUUAAUGCCAGCUCGUGAGCAAGACGAGGACCAAGGGGCCACACAGUACAUACAGUACCAAACUCGAGGCAAGGUAGCGGUCUUGGAGGUCCCUCUCCAUCCUGCCAAACUGACCAAGCCCACCAAACAAUUGCAACCAGAGACUAGUUUUUGGCAGCUAAUUGCUAAUCGUUUUAAGAGGAAGGACCCGUUGUCCAGCAACAAAUCUGAGCUGUGCACUGAAAGCCAAGCAGUUGGCAGCCAUCCCCCUGCGAGAAAUAAAAAGCCAGAUUCUGUUGCUAUAGAGACUCCAGCUGGCAUUGGUUUCCGCAAAGGUCAAGAUUCCUUCGUCAACAGUCAGGAAUGGACAUUGAGUCGAUCAGUACCAGAGCUUAAAGUGGGCAUCGUGGGAAACCUGUCCAGUGGGAAGUCAGCAUUAGUUCACCGGUAUCUGACAGGAACAUAUGUCCAGGAGGAGUCGCCUGAGGGAGGGAGGUUUAAAAAGGAGAUUGUGGUGGAUGGACAAAGUUAUCUCUUGCUGAUCAGGGAUGAAGGCGGCCCCCCAGAACUGCAGUUUGCUGCCUGGGUGGACGCGGUGGUGUUCGUCUUCAGCUUGGAGGAUGAGAUCAGCUUCCAGACAGUUUAUAACUACUUCCUGCGUCUUUCCAGCUAUAGGAACACGGCAGAGGUUCCCAUGGUGCUGGUGGGGACGCAGGACGCAAUCAGCGCUGCCAACCCCAGAGUGAUAGAUGACGCCCGGGCUCGGAAACUGUCCAACGACCUGAAACGCUCCACGUAUUAUGAAACUUGCUCCACCUAUGGUCUGAACGUGGAGAGAGUCUUUCAAGAUGUUGCUCAGAAGGUGGUGGCGCUGAGGAAAAAACAGCAGCUUUCGAUUGGUCCGUGUAAAUCUCUGCCCAACUCUCCUAGCCACUCGUCUGUCCCGGCCGCAUCCAUCCCCUCUGUACACAUUAAUCAGGCUGCUAAUGGAGGAGGUGCGUUCAGCGAUUACUCCUCCUCCGUUCCCUCCACCCCCAGCAUAAGCCAGAGGGAGAUGCGCAUCGAGACAGUGGCCGCCUCCAACACUCCCACGCCCAUCCGCAAGCAGUCCAAACGGCGCUCCAAUAUCUUCACAUCACGGAAAGCCAGUGAUCAGACAAAGAGCAUUGAGAAUAAAACUGACAGUAUAGGGAGUGGAAGGGCCAUACCCAUCAAACAGGGGAUUUUGUUAAAAAGGAGUGGGAAGUCACUUAAUAAGGAGUGGAAGAAGAAAUAUGUAACUUUGUGUGACAACGGCCUGCUCACGUACCACCCCAGUUUACAUGACUACAUGCAGAACGUUCACGGUAAAGAAAUCGAUUUGCUGCGGACGACGGUGAAGGUACCCGGGAAGAGGCCGCCCAGGGCGGUAGCCACGGUCGCCCCUACAGCCAGCCCGAAAACCAAUGGACUGACCAAAGACCGCAGCACUUUACAACUUGGUAUCGGGGCCACAAGCACUCCUCAUUCUAACAGCAGCAGUUCCCUUCAGUCCGGAGGCUCUGCAGCCGGCGUGGCUUUGGGGACUAGUAAAGAGGGGAUGCACCAGCGGUCGUUCUCUGUGUCCAGUGCAGAACAGUGGAGCGAGGCAGUUAUCAGCACCACGGCAGCCAAUGGGAUGGCAGAUCCUCUCAGCUCCGCCCCUGGCAUGAGCAGCGCCACCAGUCCUAAACUAGAGCCUCCACCAUCACCUCAUGCCAACCGCAAGAAACACAGGCGGAAAAAGAGCACGGGCAUCACCAAACCAGAUGGGCUUUCUGCAGGGAAUGAAGAGCAAGAAGAGUCCUUUGAGUUCAUCAUUGUGUCCCUGACUGGUCAGAUGUGGCACUUUGAGGCUUCCACGUAUGAGGAAAGAGAACUCUGGGUGCAGGCCAUUGAGAGCCAGAUAUUUGCCAGUCUGCAGUCCUGUGAGAGCAGCAAGAACAAGUCUCGAUUAGGAAGCCAGAGUGAUGCAGUGACCAUCCAGUCCAUCAGGAACGUGAGGGGAAACAGCUUCUGUGCAGACUGUGACGCCCCCAAUCCGGACUGGGCCAGUCUGAACCUCGGCGCUCUGAUCUGUAUCGAGUGCUCCGGGAUGCACAGGAACCUGGGUACACAUCUGUCCCGCGUACGGUCUCUGGACCUGGACGACUGGCCGGUGGAACUCAGCAUGGUGAUGACAGCCAUUGGGAACGCCAUGGCCAACAGCGUAUGGGAGGGCUGUGUGGAAGGAUACACCAAACCCGGUGUGGAUAGCACCAGGGAAGAGAAGGAGCGCUGGAUCCGGGCGAAGUACGAGCAGAAGUUGUUUCUGGUGGGUCUUCCUCAGUCAGACGUGCCUCUGGGACAGCAGCUCCUGCGGGCGGUGGUGGAGGACGACCUGAGGCUGGUGGUUCUUCUGUUAGCCCACGGCACCAAAGAAGAGGUCAACGAGACGUACGGGGACGGAGAUGGACGUACCGCGCUGCACCUGUCCUGCGCAAUGGCUAAUGUGGUCAUCACACAGCUGCUCAUCUGGUACGGCGUGGAUGUGAAGAGUCGCGACGCCCGCGGUCAGACGCCACUGUCCUACGCGCAGCGAGCAGGAAGUCAGGAGUGCACCGACAUCCUCAUCCAACACGGUUGCCCCAGCGACAGCGGCGGCCUGUCGACACCCACGGCCACCCGACACAACCCCAACAUCAACAACAACGCUCAGUGCGAGCUGAACCGUAGUGUUAGCAUCAUGUAAUCGUGUUGAUGUUCCCAUAGAUGCUGCUCUCGUUAAAUGGCAUCAUUUCCCUCAGCAGUAUGUCAUUAUUAGGAAACUGUGCGUAGUGCCACACGUGUCACGUAAAGCCAUUACCCCAUGACAACUUCCUGUGACCAAUGUUAGCGUACACCGAGAAUUAGCAGUGUUAACAUUAUUAAUGCGUGUUAUUUUUAAGCUGAAGAAAAUGACGUUUUUAAGGAUCCUCUUGUCUGUGUAUAGAACAAAAUAAGAGAAACGAUGGGCAACAGGUUCUAAACAAAAUCAAGUUUUUAUUUUUAAGGUACAUCAGUUUAGAAAUAAUCAGUAAUGGAUCCUCUGGGUUUUUGUCCAUCAGAAUGUUAAAUUAUGUUGUUAAAGGGAUAGUUCACCUGAAACACUUCAUUUAUUCUCCCUCAAGUCGUUCCAAACCUGCAUGACUUUCUUUCUUCUGUGGAAAAAGGAAAAAAAAAAAAAAAAUUGAAGAAUGUUGGUAACCGAACAGAUUUGGUUCCCAUUGACUUCCAUUGAAUUUUUCUGUGCAUAUAAUGGAAGUUAAUGGGAACCAAAACUGACUACUAACAUUCUUCAGAAUAUCUUCUUCUAUGUUCCACAGAACAAAGAAAGUCAUUCAGGUUUGGAACAACAUGAAGGUGAGUAAAUGAUGACAGAAUUUUCAUUUUUGGAUGGACUGUCCCUUUAAAUCAGCGAUUCUGAUAAAACCUGUCAAGAACGUGUUCACCUCAAAGUCAAAAGAAAAGAAAAUUUGUUUUGCUACUUUAAUUUUAAGGUUUAAAUAAAGAUAAAAUAUUUAUUUUUUUAUUUUAAUAUAGUACAAAAUACUGUAUUACAGUAAUGAGAAUCAUAAUGAAAGAAAUAUACAGACAAAAUUAGAGAAGAAUUACACAAAAAAAAAUAGUAAUAAAAAUUUUAAGAGGGAGAUUGUGGAAAAAAAAAUCAGAAAGCAAAAAAAAUCUUAAUGGUCCUUAAUUUUCUUUAUACAAAAUAUAUUUUAUUCAUUUUUUAUUUUGAUUUUGGGGUGACCUGGAUGUGUUCUUGUGAGUUUCACACAAAUACGCUUUAUUAAAGUCAACUUAUGCUUUAAAUCAACUUAUGCUAAACAUUUAAGUGCGUAUUUGAACCGAUAUUACACUCAAACUUCACACAUUUAUUAGUUGCACCACCAUUGUGCCCUUGAACGAAGCUCAGAAACACUACGGCUGCUGGGUAACGCAUUACCAUUUGUAGCAUCAGUGUGAGAUAACAAAACCCAAAUCAUCAUACUCGUUCCUAUUUUACAUUUAGCCUUUACGUGAUUGUCUUGGAAAGAAACACCUUGAAAGGCUUGAUUACCUGACAAAUACUGUGUUAUUAAGGAUGCCUUGUCUGAAUCAUUUCUGGGCCGGUCUGAAGUGGUCCCUCUCCGGCGUAAAGCACUCCUGCCUAAUGAGAGAUCCAUUCAGUAGCAGCGGACGGUACCUACGCGCUAGAUUACGAAAUAAGACGCUCUCGCCGUGAAGUGUGUGUUUGUUACGAGUCCAAUGACCUCCACACUUGUGACGGUGUGGAUGUUUUUGUAUCCAUUAGAAUCCAGACGUGUGUUUCUAAUCGAAUGGGAUGAACGGGAUUAUGUACAGAUGUGUGUAUAAAAUAGCUUUUCCUUCUCCCUCUUGCAGCUAGCUGUGUGUCAUGUGAUGGCCAUUAUGUACCCAUCCGAAACCUAUCAGCCUUAACCCUCGUUUGCUAGUGUGUACGGCGUGAACUUUUACAAAACACUCUUUACUUGAAAUAUGAAAUCAUGAUUAGACCCUGAUUAAUAUUUGGCACAUGUCAGUUAAAGGGAAAGUAGGAGAGGGAGGUGUCGAGUUUUUACCAGACAGUAUUUUAAGUUUACAUGAUUUUUUUUUAGGUGUUUUAUAUAGAAGCUCGUUUCUGCCACAGAAUAAAAAAUUUAAAAAAAAAGUAAUUGAGGUUUUCUCUCACAAUCCUGACCUUUUUUUCUCACAUUUGCAAGUUUCAAAUUACAACAUCUCACAAUUUUGAGAAAAAAGGCAGAAUUGAGAUAUACAUUUCUGAGAAAUUGUUGAAAUUCUGAGAAAUAGUCACAAUUCUUGCGAUUCUGACUUUUUUUCACGCAAUUUCAUGUUUAUAUCUCACAAUUCUUAAAAAAAAAAAUGGCUGAACUAGUAAUAGUCACAAUUCUUGCGAUUCUGAUUUUUUUUUCAUGCAAUUUCAUGUUUAUAUCUCACGAUUCUAAAAAAAUGGCUGAAUUAGUUGAAAUUCCGAGAAAGUCACAAUUGCGAGACAUAAACUUGCUAUUCUGACUUUUUUCUCGCAAUUUCAUGUUUAUAUCUCACAAUUCUAAAAAAAAAAAAAAAAAAAAAAAUGGCUGAAUUAGUUGAAAUUUUGAGAAAGUCACAAUUGCGAGAUAUAAACUUGCUAUUCUGACUUUUUUUCCAUGCAAUUUCAUGUUUAUAUCUCACGAUUCUGGAAAAAAAAAUGGCAGAAUUUGUUGAAAUUCUGAGAAAUAGUCACAACUGUGAUAUAUAAAUUUGGAAUUCUGACUUUUUUCAUGCAAUUUCAUGUUUAUAUCUCACAAUUAUGAAAAAUGGCCGAAUUAGUUGAAAUUCCGAGAAAGUCACAAUUGCGAGAUAUAAACUUGUGAUUCUGACGUUUUACCUUGCAAUUGCGAGUUUAUAUCUAGUAAUUCUGACUUUUUUCCCUCAGAAUUGGGAUAUAAAGUUGCAAUUCUGAGAAAAUCACAAUUGCGAGUUACAAAGGUAGAAUCGUUAGAUAUGAACUAGCAAUUUUGAGAAAAAGUCAGCUCACAAUUCUGACUAUAACUCGCAAUUGCAAGUUUAUAUCUAACGUUUCUGACUAUAUAAUACUUGCAUUUGCGAGUUUGUAUCUCAAUUCUGAGUAAAAAAAAAAGACAAUUGCGAGAUAUAAAAUUGCGAGAUAUAAAAUUGUAAUUGCAAGAAAAAAAGGCAGAACUAUGAGGAAAAAAGUUGCAAUUAUUAUUUUUUUUUUAUUCUGUGGCGGAAACAAGCUUCCAUAGUUUUACCUUCUAGCAGGUACAUUUUCUUUCAAAUUUGAGUCAGAUUUGUACAUGCAUCCUUCAUCUAACCAAGCUUUAGGAGAAAUGCCAUUGAUUUAAAUACAACGGCUUUUAAUGUCUGCGGUUAAUUGUAUUUUAAACGUUUUUAAUUCUGGAAGGUCAUUUGGAGUAACAUGCAUGUAAAGUUUCCUUUGGUGGUCUGCCCACCGCAACCCUUUUGACCUUCAUAAAGUGAACAUAUAUCAUCAUUAUGAACAUUUUUUUUUAAAUAUACCUUGAGUUUGGGCUCCUGUGUAUGGCGUGAGGUUACUUGGAUGAGCUUUUGGGAAUAUGGCAGUUGAAAAUGAUAAUCAACUCUCGCCCUUCAUCCUCGCGACUGCCGGAUUAUUGAACGCUGGGAUGCGCCUGUAAAGCUCAAUAAGUAGCCCAGUACCAGAGAGAGGCACCGUUCUGUUUUUAAGUUGUUUUGGUACCUGUUUUUGGGUCUCAAUGUGUGCACAUUGUCUGGCCAUUGAGGUACUUUGUGUAUUAUAUGUACAUUUGACAUAUUUAUAAAAGCAAGAUGUAAAUAAUUCUUUUUGUUGUUGCUUUUAUUGAGCUGUUUGAUAACUUUUUGUUGGUUCUUUUAAUUUGUCAUUGUUUUUAAAUGCUCCUUCCGAACGUGACGGAGCGCUUUCAUGAGAGUUAGCUGUUGUGUGAUUGGAUGCUUGGCUGGCUAUUGACAUAAUAAACACUCCAAUAAAAUGAUUUAUACCAUGA